CGAAUACGACAAACUUGAGCGAGACUCAAAAAGGGAUCAUAGAGUCUCGUGCUUUUCUCAUCUUUUUCCCCGCCCUCUUUCUCUGAUAUAUUACCAUCCUUGCCGCCGCAGUCGUGAUUGACGAGUAAACGAACCCUCACGAGAUCACGAGCCCUCUCAUCGAUAUGAGUUCGAAACAAAGCAAAUUUAGUGAACUGCGCAGACAUGCCGAGCGCGUGUUAGGUAUACCAGAAUCGGCUCCAGAGUCCGUAUCAGCCAAGACAUGGGUGGAACAUAACUUGGUCGCCUCGUGGCCUUCUGUGAAAAACUAUGUGAUUGGUCUUUUCCCUUUCCUUCAAUGGGCACCACGGUAUAAUCUCACUUGGUUGAUAGGCGAUCUCAUCGCUGGUAUAACAGUCGGUAUGGUUCUCGUCCCUCAAUCUUUGUCAUAUGCCAAACUUGCCAAUUUACCCUCGGAAUAUGGUCUUUAUUCAUCUUUCAUCGGUGUUCUCUGUUAUGCCUUCUUCGCUACCUCGAAAGAUGUCUCUAUCGGACCAGUCGCCGUCAUGUCGCUCGAAACCGGAAAUAUCGUGACGGAUGUAUUGAAGAAACAUGGUGACAAAUAUACCGCGCCGGAAAUCGCCACCUGUCUAGCUUUCAUUUGUGGUUGCGUGGUUCUCGCCAUUGGUCUUUUCCGUGUUGGUUGGAUAAUCGAGUUCAUCCCUCAACCUGCCGUAUCUGGAUUUAUGACCGGUUCAGCUCUCAAUAUCGCCGCUGGUCAAGUUCCUGCACUAUUAGGAUUGGCCAAACGUCUCGAUACUAGAGCAGCCACUUAUAAAGUCAUCAUAAAUACUUUGAAGAAUCUUCCUCAUUGUUCCCUCGAUGCCGCUUUUGGUAUUCCAGCCUUGUUUCUUCUCUACGCGCUCAAGUAUACGUUCACAUACUUGCCAAAACGGUAUCCCAAAUUCGCUAGACCAGCUUUCUUCCUCAUGGCCCUCCGACAUGCGUUCACAAUCAUCCUCUUCACCAUCAUUUCAUGGCGUAUGAAUAUCCAUCAUAAAACACCUCGUAUCGCUCUUGUCGGUACCGUACCAUCUGGUCUCAAACAUGUUGGACAACCAAUGAUCACCGGUGAAUUAUUAGGUGCUAUUGGUGCACAUAUCCCCGUUGCGACUAUCAUUUUGUUACUGGAACAUAUCUCCAUCGCCAAGUCUUUCGGUCGAUUAAAUGGUUACAAGAUCAACCCAAACCAAGAGCUCAUCGCCAUUGGAGUCAACAACACUCUCGGAAGUGUUUUCUCUGCUUAUCCUUCCACUGGUUCUUUCUCUCGUUCUGCUCUCAAAUCCAAAUCAGGUGUUAGAACUCCGGCCGCAGGUAUUCCAACGGGUGUUUGUGUCCUCAUCGCUUUAUACGCUUUGGCACCUGCUUUCUACUACAUCCCCAACGCUACUCUUUCCGCUUUGAUCAUUCAUGCCGUGGCUGAUCUCGUCGCUUCCCCGAAACAAUCAUUUGGUUUUUGGCGUGUCUCUCCUUUGGAAUACCUCAUAUUCGUCGGUGCUGUCCUCUGGUCAGUCUUUUACACUAUCGAAUCAGGUAUUUACUGGUCUCUCGCUACAUCGGUCGUUCUUUUACUUUUCCGUAUCGCUCGACCCAAAGGUCAUUUCCUUGGUAGAGUCAAGAUCCAACCUGAAUCACCUGAAACUGGAGUGGUUCGUGAUGUUUACGUACCAUUGGGUGAACAUGAUGGUGUUACAAAUCGUGAUAUCCCCGUCGAAGCUCCUCCUCCCGGUAUCGUCAUUUAUCGUUUCGAAGAAUCUUUCCUUUACCCCAACGCUUCAUACAUCAACGGUCGAUUAGUCGAAUACGUCAAGAAACAUACUAGAAGAGGUAAAGAUAUGUCUACAGUUCCUAAAGGUGAUAGACCAUGGAACGAUCCAGGUCCUAAACCUUCCGCUGCUCAUGCUGAAUACGAAGCCGAAAAAUCCAAACCACGUCUUCGAGCUGUCGUUCUAGACUUUACAGGUGUUGCUAAUUUGGAUACGACUGGAGUACAAAAUCUCAUUGAUACAAAGGUGGAAGUUGAACGAUGGGCAGAUAGGACGGUGGAAUUUCAUUUCUGUGGUAUUCUCUCUCCUUGGAUUCGUCGUGCUCUUAUAGCUGGUGGGUUUGGUCAAGGUCAACCUAGAAGUGGAACAGCAUUGGAAGUCGCACCUGUCGUCCCUCAGGAAAAUAGCAGGUCUCCGGUGGAUGAAAGAAGGAUAGAACGUGCCAUUACAGGUGAUGGAUCUAACACACCUAUCACUGGUAGUCCAAGCACUUCAGAUUUCAAAGGAUUGGAUCAUGGUUCAGUGGAUUUCAAGACGGAGCAUGUGACGGAAUUGUAUGCUGAAUCGGGAUCGGUUGAGAAGAGAGGAAUAAGGAGAGGAAGUGAUGGUGCGAGUAGUCAUUUGAGUCAAAAUACACUGCCUUUGUUGGAUAGAGCGACACCUUUCUUCCAUUUCGAUCUUGCCGAUGCUCUCAACUCGUUGGAUUUGAGUAAAGGGCAUGAUUAGGAUUGUGAAUAGAAGAUUAGAAGUUUAAUGUCAGUCUCUCAGUGGGUUAUAUAGUUUUUGUUUAUGCACUAUCAUGAAUCAGUUGUCA